AACCUUCUACACUUCCUUUUUCCGGUUAUUUUCUCUCAUAAGAUAGUCACAAUGGCUAUCCGACCCCUAGUAAAACGGACAUGUGUCAAGAAAAGGACAAAGAAGUUUAUCAGGCAUCAGUCUGACCGGUACCUCAGAGUCAAGUCAAACUGGAGGAAACCAAAAGGAAUUGACAACAGAGUCCGUCGCAGAUUCAAGGGACAAUACAAAAUGCCAAACAUUGGUUAUGGAUCCAACAAGAAAACAAGACAUGUUAUGCCCGAUGGUUUCAAGAAAUUCCUUAUUCACAAUGUUAAGGAAUUAGAGGUACUUCUGAUGCAGAACAGGACUUUUGCUGCAGAAAUUGCCCACAAUGUUUCCAGCAAGAAAAGGAAGGACAUCGUGGAGCGUGCCCAGCAGCUGUCUAUUAAGUUGACUAAUCCUAAUGCUCGUUUACGCUCUGAGGAUGAUGAAUAAAUAAAUAAUAGGGGAAGAGA